GUGUUCUGUGUCACAGCAUUAUGUGAUGAAUCAAAAUACAAAAAGUCCGCUAUCGAAAUAUGCAACACGUAAAACAUUUUAUCUGAUGUUAAGGAAAUGAAUGACGUAAAUGCCAAAACGUGAAUAUCUCCAACCUUUUUUAUUUGUUGGAGUCAAUAUCACAGUGUUCCGUAACUACCAAUGUUCUCUAUUUAAUGGCCAGUCCACAUUAUGACAACAUUGACAACACCUAACCUAUAUCUACUGGUUAAUUUACAUUUUAAUUUUUCAGAGAAUUGAUUGGAUUCUUUAAAAAAACUUGAUUGUAAUGGAGCCGCAGACAAUCGAACAUUUCUUUGGGGUUUACCUGCUGUAUUGUUUAAAUCCGAAAUACAAAGGUAGGACUUACAUAGGCUAUACCGUAGACCCCAACAGAAGAAUAAAGCAACACAAUAAAGGCAAACAGUUCGGGGGAGCUUGGAAAACGAGCAACAAGGGCCCAUGGUCGAUGGUGAUGAUAAUACAUGGAUUCCCGAAUGAUAUAUCUGCCCUGCGUUUCGAGUGGGCCUGGCAACAUCCACAUGUCUCAAGGAGGCUGAGGCAUGUUCCUAAGAAAAAACCGAGGGAGAGGUCUUACGAUUUUUGCUUCAGAGUUUUGACUGAGAUGCUGAAAAUCGGUCCGUGGUGCAGAUUACCUCUCAAUAUUAGGUGGCUCAAUCAGGAGUUCAUCAGAGAGUUUCCAGUGCAGAUGCUUCCCCCCAUGCAUAUGCCGAUUUGUCAUGGUCCCAUAGUAAGCAAAAAACUACCUAAAAGCUCCCAAGAACUAAGUCAAACUACCGAAUGUAGCAAUCAGUGCAACAUAUGCUUUGAAACUGUCGAGGAACGACCACUGAGGUGUUUGAAUAAUAACUGCAAUCUGAACUGUCACAUUAUCUGUUUGUCGAAAUAUUUUUUACAAUCAGGAGAGUACGUGCCUUUGGAGGGAAACUGUCCAAAAUGUGAUAAAACGUUUUUGUGGGGAGAUAUUGUACGAAAAUAUAAAGGUUGCUAUAAUAAUAUAGAUGUUGAGAUUAAUAUCGAUUCUGCUAAUGAUUUUUAUAAUUCCGACUCGGAAUGAUUUAUGUAUGUUAUAGUAUUCUGAAAUGAUUUUUCAACUUUUUUUUAAUACAUGAAAUUUGGUACAUUUUUAUUACUUAUCUAUAAGCAUACUCACCCUUAUCGUUUGCACGUGGAAUAUCAUUGUCAAAAAUUCUAUAAACGAGAAUCAACUUUUAAUAAAAAAUCAAUGAGUC